GUUCGUGCCGAGCCGUCGGGGCAUAGCCGGGCAGCCAGCGUCCCUGGGCGAGGAAGAUGCUGCCGAUCAGGAAGACCGCGAAACAGAGCAAAAGGGGUAUUCUAGAACGCUUGGAUGCCGGAGAAAUUGUGAUCGGAGAUGGGGGAUUUGUCUUUGCUCUUGAAAAGAGGGGAUAUGUAAAAGCUGGGCCUUGGACUCCUGAAGCAACUGUAGAACACCCAGAAGCAGUACGUCAGCUUCAUCGAGAAUUCCUCAGAGCUGGAUCCAAUGUUCUGCAGACCUUCACCUUUUAUGCCAGUGAGGACAAACUAGAGAACAGGGGCAAUUAUGUAGCUGAGAAAAUAAGUUGCCACAAAGUGAAUGAAGCUGCUUGUGACAUUGCAAGAGAAGUGGCUAAUGAAGGUGAUGCUUUAGUAGCUGGAGGAGUCAGUCAAACACCAUCUUACUUAAGCUGCAAGGAUAAAACAGAGGUUAAAGCAGCCUUUCAAAAGCAACUGGAAGUUUUUAUGAAGAAGAAUGUGGACUUCCUAAUUGCAGAGUAUUUUGAACAUGUUGAAGAGGCUGUGUGGGCAGUUGAAGUUCUAAAAGAAUCUGGAAAGCCAGUUGCAGCUACGAUGUGCAUUGGUCCAGAAGGAGACAUGCAUGGAGUGUCCCCUGGACAAUGUGCUGUCCAGCUGGUAAAGGCUGGUGCUUCUAUAGUUGGAGUCAACUGCCAUUUUGAUCCAGAAACUUGCCUUGAAACUGUGAGGCUGAUGAAAGAGGGCUUGCAGGCUGCUAAACUGAAAGCCCACCUGAUGUGCCAGCCACUUGCUUUCCAUACACCUGACUGCGGAAAGCAGGGGUUUAUUGAUCUUCCAGAAUUUCCCUUUGGUCUGGAGCCAAGAAUUGCCACCAGAUGGGACAUUCAAAAAUAUGCAAGAAAGGCCUAUGACAUAGGAAUUCGUUUCAUUGGGGGCUGUUGUGGAUUUGAGCCGUAUCAUAUUCGAGCAAUAGCUGAGGAGUUGGCUCCCGAAAGAGGAUUUUUGCCAGAAGCUUCUGAGAAACAUGGUAACUGGGGUGAUAACCUGAGCAUGCAUACCAAACCCUGGGUCAGAGCAAGGGCAAGAAAAGAAUACUGGGAGAAUCUGAAGCCUGCUUCAGGCAGGCCAUAUUGUCCUUGCAUGUCAAAGCCAGAUGGCUGGGGAGUGACCAAAGGAGCCAAGGAGCUGAUGCAACAGAAAGAAGCGACAACUGAACAACAGCUGAAGGAGCUCUUCCAGAAGAAGAAGUUCUAAUCCACCACAGUUGUGUAAAUCUUAAAAUGAUUUAGCUACAGACCAUCUCAGACUUCAGAAGAGAAUCUGUGAAGAUGAAUACUGUGUUGAUUUAUCAGUUAAAAUUAAAUAAAAGAGACAAAAUGCAGAAAGAAUGUGAUUACAAAGUAAAUAUGUAUAACUUUGAUAAUAAAA